CGCGCGGGAAUUGAGCAGCCUUCCAGCUUGGGCGCCAACUGCCUACCGUCCACCACAGGUACACUUAUCGGGUGGAGACCGAGCUACCAUCACUGUUGUUGGAUCGGUGUGUAUCCCAGCCAUUCUUUCUCUAGACCUGGCGAGAUCCAUUCCACGUGUCUGGUCCCUCUCAUCCCCGCUAUACUCCGUACUGGUGGACGUUGAUCGGCAUCUCCAGCCGUGGACAGCAUCCGCAACAGGAAGCCCAUAGUGCUUCGGACAGCACCAAUCCCCUGCAAUAGAGUGUGCGACAUGGUGAUUGUGAUCUAUCAAUAGCAGUUCGUUCUGCCAUGGCUCAGAGAAAAGGACGAGGUGGGCUGCAGCAGCGAGCUGCAGAGCACCAAACCAACGCGAGACGGUCAAUGGUCGCGUGUAACCGAUGCCGCAACAGAAAGACCCGGUGUGCUGGCAACCCACCUUAUCCAUGUGCUGCAUGCGCAGAGGUGGGCCAUAAGUGUGUCUACUCGGAAGCUGAGAAGCGCGUCUCGAUUCCCGAAAGCUACUUUCAACAACUUCGCGCUCAGGCACAGGCCAGCCGUCGAGAUGAAGGUCGCCCUCCAUCUCUCCCCAAUCCCCCUGCAGCCAUCCAGAGCAGUCCCUACAACAAUGUGGAGGUGCCUCUCGAGCGAGAUGACUGGUGGUACAAUGAGACCGGUCAUGUCUUCUUGAAUCGGUCAGGAGAGCAUCAUUAUGUUGGGGCGUCUUCCACCACCCAUUUGGCGAAACGCCUAAAUCCCUCAUCAACCAACUUAGCAUUGGAUAUGCGGCCAUUGUAUGAUGACCCUUUGUCUCUGCGUCGCUCAGCUCCUCGGGUUCUACCCCAACUGCCCCCAUUCGAGUACGCUAAACGACUCUACUGGGUACAGUAUGUCUAUAUUGGGACAAUAUUUUCCUUGAUUCAGCCCCAUGAUUUCGAAGAGCGGCUCCAUGUCGUUUACAGCCAACCUCCCGAUGCACUCAAUCGAGAGUCGUGUCUAGUAUACUGUCAGGUGUUACUGGUCAUAGCCUUCGGUCUGAUGUAUUCGGUGAACCAGUGGUCUGGAGAUGACGGGCCUCCUGGGUUCAAAUAUUUCAAACAUGCGCUGCGCUUCUUACCCGACAUCCACGAGGAAGGCUCUAUCUUCUUCGUGGAGGUUCUUUGCUACGUUGCGUAUUAUAUGCAGAAUCUCAAUCGUCGAGACGCUGCAUUUCUUUAUAUCGGCCUUGCUCUUCGCAUGGCUAUUUCACUGGGUCUUCACCAAGAGGUCCUUGACCCAGACGUUAGUGAAGAAGAUCGGAAUCGUCGGCGGCGGGCUUGGUGGUCGGUGUAUAGUCUGGAUCGACUUCUGUCCGUCAAAUCUGGCAAUCCGAUCACUAUCCACGAUGAGGAUAUAGGGACAACAUGGCCGCAGCCUACGAGCGCAACCGAGGUGGUCCCUUGGCCAUCGGUCGUCCUCACCUACUAUACACAGUUGUCUCGGAUAUUGGGUAGGAUAGGCGAAGAAAUCUAUCGCAAGAAGCCACGAUCUGGCUCCAACUUGCUUGUGUCUGUGCAGAGUAUUACAGAUGAGCUUUCGGACUGGCUGCGACGAAUACCUGAUCGUCUCCGUAUCGACUUCUCCACCCUAAGUACUCACAUCAAUCGGGAGUCGGUCUCGAUAUUCUUACACUUCUAUUCCUGUGUCAACAUGACCGCACGGCCUUUAGUCUUCUAUGUAAUUCAACGCCGGCUCGAUGCUGAAGAUAAAGGUUCUGCGACCGUGGACUGGAAAGAAGGGCUAUCGCAGAACACCGUGGCGGUGAUUGAGAGCUGUGUGGCAGCAGCUCGAGCCACCACCCUUAUAAUGGAUGCAGCAGCGAAGCACAAUUUGGUUGCCACAUAUGGCUAUCUAGACGGAGAGUACAUCUUUUCCGCCGCACUUUUACUUGUGAUGGUCAAUGCCGCAUUCCCCUACAACGCUGCUAAUUCCCGAGCGAUGGAAAUAUCGAUAAAUUUGCUUCGCAGCAUGGCUGACCGAGGCAAUACCAACCUGGCUGCUCGUCACUCCCUACUUCUUGAACUACGAUCGUCUAUUGGUCAGAAGAGCUCCAAGCAAGGAGACGCUGCGGGAGUGCCCGUUACUCCCAGUAGCACACAGCAGCCAACACCAUCACAGAAUGCAGUCGAUCACCCGACGGGGGAGGCCACUUGGACCCCACAACAAGACAUCCCGUCGAUGCAGGAAAUCUCGUUUAACUUUGAUGUGAACGACGAUCCUGGGCUGUGGGAGGAGGUCUUGGGCCAGAUUGACAUUGAUAUGGACACUGAUUGGAUUGAGAAUACUUUGAAGAAAUGAAAU